GAUCUUUGUUAAAGCUAACCGGCUAGCUGGUAACUCAGACUGACGCCAUUAGUUAGAGAAAAGAAGGCGUAAGAACCCAAGAGAAACGACCCGGUUCCGAUUUCCAGACCCGUUGUCCUGUCGCCGCGGACCGGUACCGUUGAACGCCGGGGUCGUGUGAGCUGUCAGGGAGCGGUUCUUAUGAUUUUAGCCUCUUUUUUUAAGUCGGAAGUCGGCGUUAGGUCCAGACGGGGUUAGCAUCGCUAGCAGCUCGGAAACAAACGUCUGUGUUUUUGUUUUUGUUUUUUUUAUCCCGGAGGAAAACUUGAGGAUUUUCCGAACAAAGUGACACUAUGGCGACAGCGGGGGCGGCCGGGAGCAGAACCUACUCCUUUAAGGUGGUGCUGCUGGGGGAAGGCUGCGUGGGGAAGACGUCGCUGGUGCUCAGAUACUGCGAGAACAAAUUCAACGACAAACACAUCACAACCCUGCAGGCGUCCUUCCUCACAAAGAAGCUCAACAUCACAGGGAAGCGGGUUAACCUGGCCAUUUGGGACACAGCAGGUCAGGAGCGUUUUCACGCGUUAGGUCCCAUCUACUACAGAGACUCCAAUGGAGCCAUCCUAGUGUACGACAUCACAGACGAAGACUCCUUUCAGAAGGUGAAGAACUGGGUGAAAGAGCUGAGGAAAAUGUUGGGGAACGAGAUUUGCUUAUGUAUAGUAGGUAAUAAAAUAGAUCUGGACAAAGACAGAAACGUCUCGGUGGAAGAAGCUGAGAGCUACUCGGAGUCGGUGGGAGCCAAACAUUACCACACGUCAGCCAAGCUAAAUAAAGGCAUCGAGGAGCUGUUCCUGGAUCUGUGUAAACGGAUGAUGGAGACGGCUCAGGCAGAGGAGAGGGCGAAGGGCAACGGAGCCAGCCAAUCAGCAUCGAGUAGGCGGGGCGUACAGAUCGUCGAUGACGAACCACAGGCCACGCCCGCCGGAGGAUGCUGCUCCUCUGGCUAACACACACACACACACAUUUAUCCGUCUCUCAUCCAGUUCGUCCGCUCGAAAAUAACCUCUGCUGCUGAGGAUCAUGGGAAAUCAUAUUUAAGUUUGUUUCAUCUGUGUCCGCUCCAAAAUAAAAGCCCCUCAGAUUUUCCCUGUGCUUUCUGUAGCACGAUGGUCUCUGUAACGCGUCUGUACAUGUGAACAGCUGCUGUGACAUUAAACAUGGCGGCUCUCGGUUUGUUUUGGUUUUUUUGUUGUUUUUUUGGGGGGAUGAAGCCGCUGUUUUGAUGUUCAUUAACCUUCAUCUGGGGAUGCAAACGCGGGUUAAGGAGCAAAGCGGUGCUGGACGGCAGUGACUUCUCUUCUGGUCUGUUGGCAGUAAACACAGAGACACCUUCAUUGUUCAAGCAGCUGCUGGGAAACGAGGCGAGGAACGACAUGUUGAGGAGAAGCUACUGAGCAUGCUCCGUAGCUGCAGAAACCAAGCAGCUGGCUCCCCUCCAUUACUUUCUUUAUGUAACGAGAGAGAAAAUACUCUGAAUUCAUCCUUUAAUGUGUUCAGGUCAGUUAUCGGCUUAAAAACUAAACAAGAUGCCGGGCUCCAGCUAGAGCUGCAGGCAAAUAACUCCAAACACAACCAGGAAGUGAACCGGUCCGGCUGUAGAAAGUUGCUGCUUAGAUUCGUCCUUUUUUUGUUAAAUUUUAUAAACCGUGUGAAAAAUCUGUUUUAUUCCAACAGACGGAGGAAACUCAGCUGAUUUCUGCUCUUUUGUUGCUCCUGUGUUUUCGUGUGUAACUCUAAAAGACGCGCUAACGACAGAAAACUCAAACUUAGAUGGGAAUAAUGAUCCGCUGUCAGAUAUUUUAAUCAUUAGUAAAAGUAAAAAGUGAUAUAUUUGUCUAAAGGGGGUUCAGUCUGUGAAGACUGGAGCGGAAAAAUACAUUUACACAAUUGAGUGUUGGUAUUUUCCUUGUUUCUGUUUUUUUUUGUUUGAUUUAUUUCAACUUCAGCUUGAUUUUGGUUAAAAGUGAAAACCCUAAAGCUUUUUUUUCCCGUCAGUUUUAAACAUUAAAUCAGACGAGAGCCGCAGCUUUUACAACUCUUUUUUUUUUUUUUUUUUUCUUUUUUUUAAAAAAAGCCCCGAAUUACGUCUAAAGAUGACUUAUUUCUCCAAGAGUCAAAGUAUUUUUUAGAUUUAAAGAGAAAAACGUAUAAAAAAAAAAAAAAAAAAACGGGCAAAUCUGCAGAUAAAAGAAGGUGAAAUGAACAACAAUGUGCGUUUCCGUGUGUUGUGAUGAUGAUGAUGUGCCAUUAUUAUUGAUUGUAGGAGGGUCCCCCCCCCCCCCCCCCCCCCAGCUUUGGCUCUGCUCCUCUUCCUCACUUAACGUUUAGAUUUUUCUGACUCCCUGAACAGAGAAGUUAAACUGUGCAUGUUGGAUUCCUGUAAACGGCUUCGUUUGUCUCACUUUUAAACAAAAAUAAAAUAAGUUAUUUUACAGUGA